AUGAGUUUUGCAAAUAGUGUAGAUAAUAUAGAUCAAGAUGAAUUAUAUAUAAUAAAAAGAGAGGAUAUGGAGAAAGUUUCAAAAAUAAAUACAGAUUCAUUUAAAGAAGAUCCAUACUUUAAUUAUCAAUUUUUUGAACUUUCAAAAGAAGAUAAAGAUCAUUUUAUAUAUGAAAUGGAAGAAGGAUUUAUGGAACAAUUAAUUGACUUUAAUGAAUGUGUUUCAUUCGAUUCAUCAUUUAAAUGUGUUGCAAUGUUAUUACCACCAAAUGUUGAAUGGGAUUCAGUAAAAUGGUCAAAAUUUCAAAAAAAUCAAAGUGAAAAAUUAUUAAAUAAAGGUUAUAAAUUAACAAAUGAUAGAAUUCAAAAAAUUGAAGAUUUUUUUGGAAUUUAUUAUGAACAAUAUAAAGCAGUUGAAACUUAUUAUUUAUUAACAUUAUCAACACAUAUUGAACAUAGAAAGAAAGGAUUAGCAUCAAAAUUAUUAAAUCGUUUAUUUAAAAAGUUUGAUAAAGAACAUAAAAGAUGUUAUAUUGAAUGUUCAAAUGAUGCAAAUGUACAAUUUUAUUUAAAACAUGGUUUUGAAAUUCUUAGUCAACAUGAAUUACCACACAUAGAUGGUGAAAAUAUACCAGAUGUACCAAAAAUUACAUUUAUGCAUAGAUUACCAAAAUCAUCAACAUUUUAA